AUGGCUUCACAGAAAGUUGGAGAACCCCCAAGCCCGUCCGCAUCCUCCAUAUUCCUGCCCCUAGGUAGACGCGGUUCUCGCAGUUCUCUGUCGACUCAAGCCGAGCGGGAGACGUUAACGGAGGCCCUGGACCAAAUUCAUUCCGCCGCUUAUCAAUCCGAGUCCUUGACGGUUUUCAACGAGUUCACAAAUCCUCCAACCCCAUUAUCAGUCGUUGAAACCAACAACGUAUCCAGUGAUUCACAGGGCGGACUCACUGGGCUAUAUAGUCGGUUACGUGCAUCAGUUGGUGGAGUUAAAGAUGGUGGAAGUUCCGGAAGACGAGUUGAAGGGGCCAUUUCCGAUACGGCCAACAAACAAACAAGGGGGGAACAUAAUGCUACCGCCACGAAUGAUGCUCAAGCUUCUAAUUCCUGCUCAUCUCAUGCCUCCAGAACGCACGCCCCUUCUGUCGGGGCUUUAUCUCCAGCUGCAGAGUCUUUUAAUACAGCACAGGCUUUAAAAAACAGCAAUAUUACCUCGAAACCAAACAGUAUAUCCUCCUCCAAGACAUCCCUAUCAUCAACGCCAGUACCACCACCUGCUAGAAUGGCAGACACCGCAAUUAGUGAAGUCAAUGUCAGUGUCGGCCCCGACAGUCUCCAGAAUCUGGGAUCCGGCAGUGGGAAUCGGUCACUUAGCAUCGAUCCCGCUGCCACAGACAAAACUGACUCUAUACGGUCUCCUGGGAAUGAAAAUAUGAAUGGAUUCCCCAGUCAGCAGACUCACUCCCCAGUUCUCAGUGGAAAAUCGCACAAUUCUCAUCGAGACGGUUCAUUUUCCUUGGAGUCAUACCCUAAUUCAAGGUCCGCAAAUGGUCUGUUGGAAACCGAUAAGCCUGGGAAAUUUAAUUUGGCGACCAAAGAUCGACGAGAGCUUGCCGAAAUAGACACAUCUUUCGGUGCUGGAUCGCGAAGUAUAAGGCCAGCUGAGAGCAGCGAUGGAGUUAUAGACACAACACAUGGAAACACACUUACAGCUUCCUCGAGCUCUAUUACUGCCGAUGAAUCCACCGCUCCAGCUUCUGCGGGUAACAGUAUGGUACGAGAGUCAGAUGAGAACUUGUCUCUACUCGAUCGGCAUUCGUCGGCUACUCAGUCUUCUCCUGCUUCUCUUGGAGACCGCGAUACGAAGCCUUCAGAUAUUUCAGCUCCGUUACAAGAUAGACCUCGCGAAAAUCUUGCCAAUAAAGUCAACACCAGUCGUUUGCCAGGUUAUGUGAUGUCCAGAGUCUCAUCUAGCGAAACUACCACAACUCAUUCAACUAUACACGGUCACUCCUCAACCCACCUCUAUCGUCAUCAAGCGGCCAGCAAGAGGGUUGUCUCUCAAAACAGCGCUGUUACUCAAUUGAAAAGCAAGUUAUUGAGUAAAGAGUUUUGGAUGCGAGACGAGAAUGCCAAGGACUGUUUCUUAUGCGGUGAACCUUUCACCACGUUCCGUCGAAAGCAUCAUUGCCGAACAUGUGGACAGAUCUUUGAUUCAAAGUGUACAUCGCUAAUUCCGGGAGCCUUUUUCGGUCAGAACAGCUCUGUCAGACUCUGCAAGCCUUGCGAAGAUAUGGUCAAUUCGCGGGAAUAUGAUUCGUCGGACUUAUCAGACAUUGAGCAAAGUCCUAUAACUACAAACCCUGGGAACUUCGAUUUCUCAACAACUAAUGGGUCUAUCCCUGUAGGUUCAGUGGAAGAGGAUGAUGAUACAUCUUCGGUCGUUUCUCAGUCUAUUGAGCAUGUAUUGAAGACACCAACUAUGGCAAUUCCAGCAACAAGACGCGUCAAUGAAAACGGCAACCGUCGGUCUGCUGUUUUGGAAAUUGGAACUGAACGACCAUUGACUCGUCCGACGUCAUCUAGGUCCCUCAGAUCUUCGGCAGGUUUGAGGAAUCACCCAAUGGUUCACAAAAGACAUCACUCGCGACAACAACAUUUGCGGGGUUUCAAACCCUUUCAUGAUGAUCGUGCACCUUUUCAACAACGUCGCCAUUUAGAAGACAUCAGCCAAAAAGAACGACUCCCAGCCUUUCAUCAUGAUAAUAUUAUCGACCCGGAUCUAGCCCAAUACUUGUCGGAUGAUGCUUCUAGCGGUGACGAGCAAAAUUUGCUUUCUGUUGUGUCUGAUAAUCACAUGACUAAAGUAGGUGCUGAACAUGAAAAAGCAACUUUCGGAGGUCUUCUUGCGGCUGUAAAAAAGGGUCGCUCCCGUUUCGGCGAGCGCAGUGUUGCAAACAGCUCAAUCCUCAUACGUGAUGCAGACGAUGCGAGUGUCAGUAGCUCCAAAGCUAUGAAUUUGCCUCGCAGCUCUCGAAGGCGUAACCUUAGCGUUGCCAGCAGCAUUCAUCAACGUCCAUCGCCUCGAAUUUCUAAAGACAACCCUCUGUUACUACAUGAUCACCACACGAUUAAUAGUCCUCAAUUAGCCACUCCGGCAUCACAGAGUGGCUUUAAGAUGACGAGAAGUUCAUCCAUGAGAGGGUCCAGUGCUCCAGCCAUUGAAUUAAAUCGACUCAGCUUAGAGCAUGUCCGAAAAUUGCUUCGGCAACUUCUAGCAGAUUACUCGAUUCCGCAUGCCAGCAGCUGGGAAACGGCUCUAUUGCCAAUCUUACUCAAAGCGACGGAUGAUGUUGACCCUGAUGUGCAACGUGGCGAUGAUAUGGACAUUCGACACUACGUGAAGCUUAAAAAGAUACCUGGUGGACGUCCUGGAGACACGUCAUAUGUUUCGGGCCUAGUUUUCACCAAAAAUUUAGCUUUAAAAAGCAUGCCCCGAAGCAUUUCUCAGCCGAGGAUCCUCAUUAUCACAUUUGCAAUUGAGUAUGCUCGGCACCAACAGCACUUCAUGAGUUUGGAACCCGUAAUCCGUCAAGAACGAGAGUUUCUUGAGAAUCUUGUCAGCAGAAUUGCGGCAUUACAACCAAACCUGCUUCUCGUUGAGAAAAGCAUAUCUGGUUUGGCACUUGAGCUUCUUGAAAAGGCAAAUAUUGCUACGGCAUAUAACGUAAAGCCCUCUGUGCUGGAAGCCGUUUCAAGGUGCACACAAACGAGGAUUAUAACUUCCAUGGAUAAACUGGUUACGAUACCAGCCCACACGGGAUAUUGUGACAGUUUUGAUCUAAAGACGUACGUUUACGGUGGCCGGAGAAAAACAUAUAUGUACAUCUCUGGCUGCUCGAAAGAACUCGGCUGCACGAUAGUGUUACGUGGUGCGAACGACGAUGUCUUAGCAAAAGUGAAACGCAUUACCGAAUUUUUGAUUUACGUCGUUUAUAAUCUCAAACUGGAGACGUGUCUAAUGCGAGACGAGUUUGCAAAAUUACCUACGAUUGAAGAUUUUAGCAAGGGUACCACACCGAUUGGGGAGAAGUCUGAGACUACAACUAAAAACCCAGCGACAGCUGAAUCUGCUAAUGCCCAUGUGAAUUCGUCUCAAUCCGAUGCCAAAGAAGAGAACUUGCGGCAGACAUCUAUAGCGGCUGUAACAGUGGAAGUGCCCGAUGAUGCACCGAUGCCCACUUACUACGAGGAUAUGGUCGAAAAGCAUCAGACCAAAUUGUUGUCCGCCUCACCAUGUGUAAAAUUUGAGCCUCCUUAUCCCCUGAUGCGCGCACGCGAGCUAGAGCGCCGAGUAUCUUACCUAGCGCGCUUGCGUGACAGGGAUCCGGUGGAGCAGAGUCUAGACGAAAAGAACAAGUCUCAAAGGUUCAUGUUGAUUACCCCCGAGCUUGUACACCAAAAUCCGGAUAAUGCAUCCGCGAAGGUGAAAGAAGUCCUGCGAGCAGUCCAUGAUGCUGAGUUGGAUAGAGCUACGCACAAUUUUCAGACACAGAAGCGACAAUGGGAAGCUUAUCUCUCGGGCAAUCAGAACCUCUUCGAUCCGUAUGCACAUCAGAACAUCGUGGUGCUGUACAGUCUUGUGUGCACCACGACUUCUAUACCUUGCUCGGGCCCGGAUGUCUUCGCAUUGGACUUCUAUAAUGAGCAUGAAAGUGACAACCACGCCUUCGAGCCUGACUGUACUUUGGGACAAUAUGUGGAAGAUUUGUGCUUGGAAGCAGAUUCCGUCUGUACCGCUAAUGGGUGCGAGAAUCGCAUGUUUGAACACCAUCGGCAAUAUGUUCAUGGAGAGGCGCAGAUAAGCAUAUUUGUCCAGCCCUAUCCCUGCAAAGUACGUGGGUUGCAAGAUACAAUUCUUAUGUGGAGUUGCUGUAAAAUAUGUGGGAAUGAGACACAGGUAAUCCCCAUGUCUGUCAAUACUUGGAGGUAUUCCUUUGCGAAAUACCUCGAGCUUUCAUUUUGGAGCAGGGAUCUCCGCGCGAGAGCCGGAGUCUGCCAGCAUGACAUUCACCGGGAUUACUUGCGAUAUUUUGGGUUUAAGGAUAUGGCCUUGCGAAUUCACUAUGAUCCCAUAACGCUCCUGGAAAUCAUCGUACCUCGUACACGCGUUACGUGGAAAGUUGAUAACGACCUGCGGCUGCGAAAUGAAGUUUACAACAAGUUUGAACAUCGUAUCUCUAAGUUUAUGAUGUCCGUGAAGAGUCGGCUCAAGAGCAUACAUGUGGAGAGUGUCAUUCCUGAGAAAGUCGAGGAUUGCCGCAAGGAGAUCGAGGCACUUGUGAAAAAAGCAAACGAGGAUCACAACUGUUUGAUAAAGCACUUACAGGAGAAAUAUAUGAAUUCUCGAUACUGGGAGGUCAUCCCACUAAACGAGGUCCUCCGUGCCGUCCAAGAGAAAGUUGUUGAAUGGGACACGGCUUUUGCUGAGUUCGAGAAAGACUUUUUUCCGUCAGAGAAAGAUAUCAGACGCUUGGCUUCAUUACAACUUAAGAAAAUCUUUCUCGACAAGGAUGCGUCGGCCACAUCUCUUACAUCUUCUGAAGAUAUCCCAACCAACUCAACUGAGCAAGACACUCCAGAGCUGGACGGAGAAUAUGCGAAACAAUCCUCUGUGCGACGCAUGACUUUGUCGCCAGAAAAGGCGCAAGACGUACUGGUAUCCGUUGUCGAAGAACAUUCCGGCAAAACUGAAGCGCACGAAAAAUUAGACGAACCCAAGAGUCCCAGUCUAAUGAGGAGGUCGACUAUACCUAGUACGGAUGUAGCCGACCAUGAAGACGUGGAAGAGCAUCUAGAUCUUGUAGAUGCAGCGAGUCCACCCAAAAAUCUUCAACUUGAGCGACAAAAUUCUGCGGAUAUGUCUCUUAGUUCACGAACUGCGACACCAUCUCCAGAAUUAUUUACUCGGGCUGAAUCGGGUCAGAGAAGAGAUAACGGUCUUACAGAAGCCACAACUAGCCCCAAACAAAUACCAGCCCCUUCUGGCAUUCCUCGACCUGUCGAGCAGAGUGCCAGACGCAGUGGCAAAGCAAAAUCUCCGCCCAUGUUCCGAGCAUAUUCACAGCCAGUCAAUACACCCCGAGAGAAAGGCACAAGAACUACGGUCAAGUCGAAUUCUGGUAGUUCGACCAAGGUCACGAGUCCUCUGCCGAGUCCUUCGGGUUUCGAAAGGCCAAAGGGAGAGAAAAGGCUCACAGAUCGUAUUGUUUUGGGUACAUUGAAAAACGGGCAUUCACUAAUUCCUCGCUCAAUUCCACCUAAAAACAGGAACCCUCGCGUGUCAAGUUUAGCCAGACAUUUUGAGCAGCUAAGCAGGGAAUUCGAAAAAGAAAGGCAACGCGAGAGAUUGCAAAGAGCAGCCAAAAGCAAACAUUCACGUGCUUAUCCCAUCAUAUCUUCUAAAGCAACAGUGGAGGUCUAUAAAAACGUACGAGAAGCGGUUGAGGAGCGAGAACCAUCUGGUGAAGGUGAAGGUGAAGAACUCUUCUCUAACACAGAGCCGCCAUUACCAGAAGGAAAGCCUAGUGAUAAGACAAGUGAGGGACUGUCCGAAAUCAAGGCUGAUACAGCAAAAGAAGUCGCCCCUGAAAAAUUAGAAUCGGUUACCAAAGAGAGUGAACAAAGUGUUAUGGUCGAUAAUACAUCCGAGGUGGAGGAAGCUCAAAGCGAUGAAGACCAAAGUUUGACACUACCAGAUUCCCCAGAUGAAUCGAUCAAGCUUGAAGAGAUGGACUUGAAGGAACUCCCAAAGCAUGAGCGCAACACACUGGUCAAGAUGCUAGCGAAUUUCUGGGCUGAGCGAUCUGCCAGCGGAUGGCAGGCACUUGAUUAUCCGUUGAAAGUGUCCGAUCAUGUCUUCGCCGAUUGCGAUAUCAUUGUUCGCGAGGACGAGCCGAGCUCAUUGAUCGCAUUUGCUCUAGAUUCUCUAGACUACAAAAACAAGCUAGCGAGUAUUCAGGAUCACUACGACAAGGAAGAACAUUCCCACGACGAUGCAGCCACAGAAUUAGAAGCGCGUGACCAGGUACGAGUCGAAAGUGCGCUUCUUCGGCCCACAGGAACGCACCUCAAAUAUCAAUUCCAGGAGGGCCAGGCCAAGAUGCUCUGCAAAGUCUUCUACGCCGAGCAAUUUGAUGCACUGCGCAGGAAAUGCGGAGUUGCAGAUCGCAUAGUCGAGUCUCUCUCUCGGUGCGCCAAGUGGGAUUCCAAAGGCGGAAAGACGAAGUCGCUGUUCCUCAAAACGCUCGAUGACCGAUUCGUUUUGAAGUCGUUGUCUCAUAUCGAGACGCAAGCUUUCCUAAAGUUCGCACCGGCCUACUUCCAAAUCAUGUCGGAGGCGUUGUUUCACGAGCUUCCAUCAGCCAUUGCCAAGAUGUUUGGCUUCUAUCAAGUCAUUAUCAAGAAUCCAGUUACAGGCGUUGAGUUCAACUGGUUUCUGCUUUUGAUGGAGAAUCUGUUCUACGAUCGAGUGCCAACACGCAUCUUCGAUCUCAAGGGUUCAAUGCGGAAUCGCAAAGUGCAGAGCACAGGGGAGCGUGAUGAGGUUCUUCUUGAUGAAAACAUGGUCGACUUCAUUUACGAGACACCACUAUUCACUCGAGAGCAUUCCAAGAAACUACUCAGCCAAAGUGUGUGGAACGAUACCUUAUUCUUAGGUCGUCAAAACGUCAUGGACUACUCCUUGAUGAUUGCAAUCGACGAGCCCCGUCGGGAGCUCGUCGUUGGUAUCAUCGACUGCAUAAGGACGUACACAUGGGACAAGAAGCUUGAAUCGUGGAUCAAGGAUCGUGGCUUUGGAGGUGGAGGUAAAAACAGACCAACGGUAACUAGUCCGAAGGAGUACAAGAGUCGGUUUAGAGAAGCAAUGGCUAGAUAUGUUCUCCAAGCGCCGAACUGCUGGCACGAAUUCCACCUCACGUAUAUGGACAACAAUCGUCGCAUCGAAAACCAUCUUUCCCACAUGAACACGCCUCUGGAUAUAGAAAACAGCGAUUUGACUGUGGUAACGAACAGCGAAUAG